UCCUCAACUGAUCCACUUGUUCUCCUUGUUUCAGGUCGUUCACUUUACCCACGCUUUCUGAUUCGAGAGUCAAUUAUGGCAAACUUUGAUUUAUCUAGUUUGAAGGAUGCGUUAGAUUCUGCGGAUAAAGAACAGCCGAAGCUAACCUCAGUUGACCUGGAAGGCAUCGCCGAAUUGAUCAAGAGUGGUGCCGUGAAGAACAUUGUGACCAUGGCUGGUGCUGGAAUCUCGACUGACGACUUGGAACGUUUAACCGGUUUGCCAGAGGACAAACUUAUCGAAGCGCACGGAACUUUUCACACAGGCCAUUGCAUUGCGUGCAAAAAACUGUACCCGUUGGAAUUCAUGGCAGAAGCUGUGAUGAAUGACAAAAUCCCCAAGUGUCAAGCGAAUUCAUGUGAUGGUGUGGUGAAACCUGAUAUUGUUUUCUUCGGAGAAGCCUUACCCGACAAGUUCCAUACAAACGUUGGUCCGGAUUUCUCCGUUUGUGAUCUUUUGAUCAUCAUUGGUACUUCACUCACGGUGAUGCCAUUUUGUAUGUUGGUGGAUAAAGUUGGUGCCGGUGUGCCUCGACUCUACAUUAAUCGUGAAGUUCCCGAAAUGGGUUUGGGUUGCGUUCCUUGGGACGAUCCGGAAAAUAGAACGGAUGUCUUUUUCCGAGGAGAUGCUGACGAUGGCGUUCAGCGUCUGUCCGAGUUGCUCGGGUGGAAGGAGGAGCUACUCGAUAUGAAGAGGUCGAUUGAUGCCACACUGGGCGAGGUCGCAGCAAAACGUGCUGGAACUGAGAAGAACAGGAUCGAAAACGAGCCCAGGAAGGCGAGAUUAUUCAAGUGGUUAGAGCGCGAAUUUAUUGAUCAGAAUGUCCGUGAUUCAAACUCUACCUCUGCCUCUGGAAUUCCCCUGUCUAGGCUUGAGAAACCUGGUAUUAUCCCAGCCCUCAUGCUUUCAUCGAGUGUCAGGGCAGUUGAACGCUUUUUCAGCCUAAUCGAUUUUCAAUUUCUUGUCGCAGUGAGCUUGACGAUUUCCACAUAUCANUUCAAGUGGUUAGAGCGCGAAUUUAUUGAUCAGAAUGUCCGUGAUUCAAACUCUACCUCUGCCUCUGGAAUUCCCCUGUCUAGGCUUGAGAAACCUGGUAUUAUCCCAGCCCUCAUGCUUUCAUCGAGUGUCAGGGCAGUUGAACGCUUUUUCAGCCUAAUGUAA